AUGGGAAACGAACCAACAUCAUCCCGUUUACCUAUGCCAGGACUAUCACGUAUACCUCUGCCCGGUCUAAUACGUCCUCCAACAGCAAUUUCUUUGCCUAGAACUUCACAGCUACGACCACCAGCAACAUUUGCCAAAAUUCGACCAAUUUCGUAUGCCGGCUUAAGGCCGCCUAUCCAACAGGCGCUCACAAUUAAGAAAAGCAGUUCGGGUGAUCGCAUAAACACGUUGAAUAGUACGGUGAAUAUGGUGAGUAAAAAGACAACAACGGUUUUCAAAAAAUUCUUUGUUAAAAAUGAACAAACACCGACAAAAAAAGAUAUAACAGGCACUACGAAAUUGCAAAAUAUAACAGCUGUAGUUGAUAGUUGCCGACCAACACUCACUAGGUCGGAAACGUUUGUGUGUACAGAUAGUCCUGAAGAUUUAAUGGCUACACCAAUGCCGGUCACUGGUGGACAAAAGAGAGGAGCUUUAUGUGAAAGUACUCCGCUAUUAAGUGCAAACGUCAAACAAGGCCUAUACAUCACGCAAAGUUUGGAUUCAACAUUUAUACCCUAUUGUGAGGUGGGCUCUACACCAAUGCAACGAAAACAUACUUUGGAAAAUACUCGUUUGUCGAAUAUAGGUUUUGGCAAUAACGUGGACAUGGAAUCACCUAAGAAUAAAAUGCAAAUUACUAAUGCGGGCUUUGGUAAUACCAUAGAUAUAGAUACACCGAAAAACAUAACUCAGAACAUAGACCAGACCAAGUGCCAAGAGCCAAUUAAUGAUUGUACACAAAUUCUAGACAAGCUGAUCAAAAAUGAAACAUUCAAUAAAACUCACUCCAUUAAAGAACUGGAUAGACCAGAUGCUACUCAUAAUCUUAAUACCACUGAUGUUAUGGGACGGACACUUUGUGUAAUAUCUCCCCAACCUGUCAAGGUAAAUGAAAAUAUUACUAGGACUUUGGAUAGUACCCAGCUGUUGGACAAGCUCACAAAUGUGAACUUGACUCAAACAAUUGAUAGUGCCGCCAACACCAAGUUAAUUGACUACACUGAUAUCCUUUCGCCGGCCACCAAUGCCACAUAUUCUAAUCCCGGUUCCAGUGAAAAUCUUCUAAUGAUCGAUGAUGUUUCUAUACCGUCGGGAUUUGAAGAAGAUGUUGCCAUGGAUGUGCAAAAACAAUUAGGGAAAUUCAAUCAUCAACAAUUUUUGGAAAUAACCACCGAAAAUCUUGAUGAUACUUUAACGGCGCUGGCGCCCAAUAAAGCAAAUAUGAAACUGCCUUUGAACUCGACCAUGAAUACCGAACGUCUCUUGGAUCUAUCGGAACAUAUGACAACACCGGCCAAACACAUGCAAUUGCUCAAUUUGACUAAAGAUUAUAUGGAUACGCCCAAUAUAAAGAACACCAGCCAACUGCUUUACAUGACACAAAUUUCCACAUCUUGCACUACAACACCAGAACGCAAUGCUUGCAAGAAGUUAAAUAAUCCCAUGUACCAAUUAACACCGAUACCGGUUCAAGUUCAGUCACCCAUGUUACUAAAAGGGGCUCAAAGUGAUUUGGUGUUACCCAUACGUACUCCGGAAGAAGACGGCCAACAAGAACCCAUGGACAUAGACACGACGUUAAUAUCGUCGGGAGGAAGAACGGAAGCUUUUUAUCAACAGGCCCAAAUAUCUCAAACCACAUCAUCUUUACAAGACGUUAAUAAUCCGAACAGGAAGAGUCGUUUUUCAUUUGGUUUGGAUCUAACUGAAUCCACUUUGGAUUGUUCCAUAGAGUUGGUUGAUGUUUCCUUGUCAUCGACUGUGCUAUCUCAAGCUAUUAACUGCAGCCAAAACAGCACUCAAAAUAUAACUCAAUCCAGCUCUACCCAACAAAUGCAACAGCAGUAUUUGAAGAAACAAAACUCAUUCGAUAUGGAUGAAAGCUUGGGCAUUUUGACGCCCGAUCAAAUGAAAGAAUUUCUUGACUCUACAGCUACAAACAAUACCAACAAUCUGGACUUACCACUUUUGCUCAAUAAUUCAAAUAAUGUCAACAAUUUGAGUCAUAAUUUUGCCCUACAACAAAUGCGCAUAGACCAAACCCCCUCUCCCGAAGAGUUGCCCUUAGAUCCGGUUGAAGUUAAGACCGAUAUUAAUGACAUGGUCUUGCAACACCAGCAGUUGCAAUUGCAACAGCAGCAGCAGAAUUUGCAGGGUCAGGUAACAUUUUCCAACGAAGAUCAGCAGCAGCAAUGUUUAGAAUCAUUGUCAUUGCAUACUGACACUGAGCCCAGUAAAACGGAGACUAUUAACAAGUCCAUAUCAUCCAGUGUUUCGAAAAUUUCUACUAGUUUUAUAACCAGUGUUACUAGUGUCACAAGCCUAGAUACUGGUUAUCAAGGUGAUGGAGAAAUGUCGAGGCCUGCCUCUAGAGGACCAUGUGAUCACUCACCCUCGAAUGGCCCUAUACGCAAAGGAGUAUCACGACAGCCCAGUUUCAACCAGCAACAACCAGGUGGAGGUCAUUUACCGCCUGUCAGACGACAAGAUCCCAUGACAGAUUCCGAUUUCUUUACCGAAUCCGAUGCUGAUGAUGUAUUUCACCGCGGCGAUCGUAGAGCCCAAGUUAUCGAUGGCCAACUGUAUGGCCCCAUGCUACAACCAGCCGCCUCGGUAUUCAUCUCAGAAGAUCCCCAAAUGGAAGAUUCCUGCAUGGAGUCUUCUGGCAUUUUCACAGAUGUAGAAAACCGUGGCGAUGAGGAUUUAGCCCAAAUGCGCAGACAAGACACUCAUGAAACAACCACUGAUCUGUCACCCGAUAAUGAUUUAGAUGGAGAUGAUUCCACAGAAACAGUAAGAUCUAAUCGCGGAAGUACAACCAAACGUUUUCAAACUCUUUCACAGUGCAGUGAAAAGUCUACAACAACCACGGGUGGUGUUAUGUCAACAACACACACUUCCACUGCUGUUCACGGUCAAGGUCAUUUAAGUAGUAGCCAAACAUCAUCCACAAUACAGAGUAGCAUGAGUACUGAUCGCCUCUCAGCUGAUACACUCUCCAAUCGUACAUCAUACUGUAGUGUAGACGGUAGCAACGUCAAUAUCAAUGGUAUUGGUGUGGAUUUUAAGAGUUUCUGUUCUCUUGAUGAAGCUUUCGAUGGGGAGCACAACAAUAAUAACAACAACGACGAUCAUGAUCACGACGUAGACGGCACAUACAGGCCGGUUAAACUAACAAAAAGCUCAACGACUUCGACAACUUCGUGGUGUGAGCAACCAAUGCAGAAACAUUUAAUGGCAGUACAAAAACAAACUUCGCCGCGUAAACACUCAUCGUUAACGUCGCUAACAACAGAAAACGGCGUGCAUAAUAAAACACCAACAACACCAACAAUAAAACAAAAUAACACAACAACAUCGUCUCCGUUUAUAACACAAAAUCAAAUACUAAAAUCUCGCAAACAUUCCGAUCAAGACUCCUUACGUUCCGAAACGGUUUCGGUAUCCGGUACGGGUUCGAAAUCUUCCCUUAACGAAAGUGUUAAAUUAUCCAAAACACCCACUUCAACAAGCGGUAAACACUCGCCCCGCUACAAAUCAAAUACACCGAAAAGUGCCAAAUUGCGUUCGUCGCCGAACCUAACAGCAGGUUCCAACAAAAAUAAUUCACCUCCGGUAGUGCGUAAAUAUCAUCAUUCACCCAACAAAUGGGAUGCCGUUAUGAAUCAAAUUGCUAGUAAUAAAUCAGUGAUAAGAAAAAAUUAUAAUGAUGUAAAAUCAAAAGUGUCCACUCGCAUAACAACGACCACUGGUGCGUUUAGUGGCACUAGUACGGGUGGCGGAGGAGCUUCAGGCUCCUCGGCUAGUGUUUCUCCCACACAACGUAGAUCACCUAUAAAUAAUUUAAGCAGCAUAAAUCGUAAUAUAAAUCCUAGUGUUAGUAAAGUGUCCAAAACAACUAAAUCACCAGAGACAACAGCAUUAGCAUCAUCGUCUCCGCAUGCAAAAACUUUGGAUAAUUCACCGACAAAACGUCUAUUACAAAAUGCCCACAUUAAUCGUGGUCGUUCCUACAGCAAAGACAGCCAAAAAAGUUCACAAAGUGAUUUGAGUUUGACAAGUGUCAGUGGUGGUGGAGGUACCGGAUCACCCAAAUUAUUGGCUAAAACUCCUAUGAGAGCAGCCAAAAAGCGUGAUGUACGUAAUUUGAGUAUAUCACCCACAGAUUUGGGACCACCACCCAAAACACAACAAACAGCAAAUGGUUCUUCAACACGACCAAAACCAGCGAUUAUAUCAUUGACACAAAAACGUUUUACUUCUAAUGUCCAAAGUACUUCUUCAACAUCACCUUCAACAACAUCCACAACAGCCAGCACACCCACUGGUGGUAGCACAACCAGCAUUAAAGGUUCACCACCACCGAAAAAGUUUAAUCUUCAUACCAAACGUUUAGAUGUCAAAACGACACCGGGAAAAACCCCACUUAAAGAUCAUAAUCGCAUAUUGAAUCCAACGAUUACAACACCAACAGGCAACAAUAAAGCGAUUGGCAAACCGGAAACAUCAUCAUCAACAACAUCCGAGCACCAGGAGAACGGUGGCGGCAGUGUUGUUGUGGGCAUUAAUAAUAACAAUAAUUUACAUGAAAAGUCUACGGCAGCAAGUACCAGGACAAAUUCUAGAACAUCUUCACCGACAAUACUAACAAAUGCAACAAAUACAACAAUAAUAAAUAAUAAGAAAACACCCGCCUCGCCAGCUGUUACAACAGCAUCCAAUACAAAUGAAAAGAAACUUCAAUCAAAACUUCAAAAUUCCUCAACAAAAUCCUCCAUCACACCAUCAGGUCGCAAAUUGCUAUUGCAAAAACAACAUCAACAAUUGUCGGAGGAUACAGUCACCAAUAAUUCAUCGUUAGAAUUAAGUGAUGAAUUACAACAAUUGAAAUGCCUAAAUCGUCAUUCGUACAAUGGGUCGUUGAACUAUCAGACAUUUGAGCAGCAACAACAGCAGCUCCAAGAAUUACAAAAACAAACGGAACAUCAGACAAAAAGUACAGAAGCAUUAGGAGUGCUAUUACAAUACUUAGUCUAUGAUCUGGAUGCAUUUCUAUGCCCUUCAUUGAAAUCGGAAAGUUUAAAAACUAAAGAGAAAUUAAAGAAAACCUUACUUUUACUUGAUGAAGCCAAAAAUGUUUGCUCCGAAUUGCAGGACCAGUUGGGUGACAAAGAUGUCUACUAUACACAAAGAGAAAAUGAACUCCAGGGUUUGCAUCGCUGUGAAUUGGAAAAAGCUCAAUCGAAUCUUGUGCAAUUCCAAACCAUGGCCAAACAAGAAAUUUCUUCGCUGGAAACACAAUUACAAAAUUCCGAGAGAGAAAAUAAACGUCUUUUGGAAUCAUACCGCCUUGAAAUGGAACAUAAAUUGUCACAAAAACAACAGCAAUUAGAUACUGCCGAAGAUCGUGCAAAAUCGUUGAGUGGACGUUUACAAGCUUUAGAAGUUUCUGAACAACAAUUAAGGGUACAACUUACCCAAACAGAAUCGUCAUAUGCCGGCCGUUUACAAGCUGCUGCCGAACGAGAACAUGAAAUAACCGAACGCCUUAAGCAACUUACCAAAGAAUUAGAUAAACUAAAAGCUUUGAAAGAUAACAAUGAAAGAGAGUUGAAGGAAAAACUGAAUCUCUCUAACGAUGAAGUGGCCGUUUUAAGAACUUCUCGUAGAAGUCUUAAUGAAAGUGGCGUCAGCUCGCCACGUAAUACUUCAUCGUUAUCAUCAUCUGCCCAUAUGGAGUUGAGCCGCUUGCAAAGUGAGGCAGAGAGUCUAAGAUGUGUUUUGGAGUUGAAACAGAAAGAAAUCUCCAAAUUGACCAAACAAAAUGAAGAACUAUUGAGGGAUGCUGAUGAAAAAUUGGCAUUACAAGCUAAAAUCUCUUUGUUGGAAUCGAAAAAUGAAAUGUUACAUUCGGAAUUGGAAAUUAAGUCGGAUAAGGAAAAAGAAUACCUAAGACAGAUUGACGAAGUCCAAAAGGCCUUCAGUCAUGAAACCGUCAAACGUACUCGUCUCUCAUACGACAACGAAGCCUUGCAAUGGCAAUUGAAACAACGUUCUGAACAAUUACACAUAGUAGAAACCAAAUUACAAGAACUCUCGGCUCAUGACAUCUCCACCACCUCAGUAGCCAAUCGUUCCUCACAAAAUGGUGCAUCGUUAACCUCUUCCAUACACAUGGAGGAUAUUUCACCACCCACUUCCCCGGUUAUCAAGGGUGUCAUUGAGAAAACCGAUUCGGUGUCUUGGGUACUUGAAAUGGAUGAUGAGACUCCUGAAGCGGCUGCUUCUAAAAUGGUCAAACGUGCCGGAUCAUUUAGAUCUGUGGAACGCAGUCCUUCGACCAGGCGACAAUUGUCGGUCAGUGCUAGCGCGGCCUGUGGUGGCCACAUGGCAAAUUGUAAUUCUAGUUUGAUGGAGGUGACUGGUCCCAAUCCCCUAUCCCAGUCAAUGUCGGCCACAUCAGUGAUAAGAGAACAUUCCAAAGUUGAAUCAAAUGAAUUUAACAACCGCUCCCAUCCCCGUACACGCUCAAAGUCUGUAAGCAUAAAGGGCUGUGACGGCUCUCAACCACAGGCAAAAUCAUCUAAAAAAGUCUCCAGACAAUUAUCAGGCGGUUCUAGUUCGAGAAAGAGUGAACUCUCUGCUAACUGGAAAGAACCUGUGUUAACUAGUUCUCCCUAUGCUAUGAGACCCAGAUCUUCGACUCUCAAAAUUGAUAGCGAAUCGGAGGAAAUUUUAUUUAGACGCAGUUCGGCCAGCAAGUUAAUCACUUGCGACACUUCUGCUUUAAAUAAAGGUGAACGUUUAGAGAUGCGUUCCUUGCCUUCCCAUCCCUCAGUACAAGAUUUGAAGGUAAUCAAAAAAUGCCAUGAAAUUCAAGAAUCUGCCGGAGAGGCAAUGGUUUCGGGCACAAAUUCAGAAGAUGAAAGCUGUUCAGCCUCCUCAGAUGAUGUGGUCAGCACUGCGUCCUCGUCGGCGGCUUCAGAUUCAACAACUUCAUCAAACCAGUUGAAAAACUCACGCAUGUCUUUUGAGGAAGUGUUGCUUAUAGAGAAAAUCAAUAGCUUAUCCGGCACCCCCAUGGAGGUCAGCUGGUCCGAGGAUGCUGAUGGUCUAGCCAAUAGCUCCACACUAUGACAUGAAAUUCGCGAAAUGUAUCAAGUCCACGAAGACGACGAGGACAGUUUUUGAAAAUAUAAAAACCUUAACCAAAAUAGGAAAUUGUUGUUUAAAAGAUUAAAAAAUUUAAAGAAAUGAUUGUAUGUAUAAAUUGCAGACAAAAUUGAAAAAAUCCACACAACAAUUGCAAAACCUAUGGUUGGCUAAAAAAGAAUAUUGGAUAUACCGCUAUUCAGCUAAGCAACUUUUGACUCUUUCCCAAUUUAUUUUUUAAAUCUCGAACAAAAGAUUGGCCUCGAAUACCGGAUGUGGAGGAGUUUUUAAAUGUAUGUGUAUUGUGUAUACGUUUCACCAGGACUUUAAAUAUAUAAAUAGCAUAUAGAUCUUAAAAUAAUAUUAUAUUACUACAUAUGUACGUACUAUCUAACCCAGCAACAAUCCUUUGGUGCGUUUAAAAUUUGAACAUAUUUUUCUUUACUUGUUUGCUUUUCACUUUACAAGUUUUUCCUACUCUUAAUAUUAUUAUGAUUACCGUUUAGUUUAAUUUUUAACUUUAAAAUUAAAUAUAUUUGAAAAUUUGUUAUGUACAUAUAUUAUUUAUUUAUGCGAAUUUAUAAAAUACUCCCCACAAAAAUAAAACAUACAAACUAAAAGAAAAUUUAAAAUUAUGAAAAGAGAACCACCCCGCUAAAAUAAAAAAAAUAAUUAAAUAAAAAACAAACAAAAAUAUAAACAAUUUAAAUAUCUUAACAAAUUUGCUCUAAAUGGCUCUUAUACUUGUGUUGUACGUAUAAGAGAACAAGUGAUAUAUUACUAAAAGAUGAAUCUUUUAAAUGAAAAGGAUAUUGAUUAUAAACAUAAUAUGAUGACUAUUCAAAAAUUGGUAAAAACAAACAAACAAACAAAGCAACGUAUUUAAAAUUUACUCUUACUCUUAACCAAAGUAAUACGCCUUUUAUUUGUAUAAGUUAUAUGAAAACUAAAAUUACACUAAAAAUUUAAUUUGAAUUUUGGGUAGAGAGAAAAAACUUUUGCAAAAAAAAAAACAAAAAGAUAAAAUGCUGAAAAAAGAACCAAAAUGCCGUCUGUUUAACUAAAGAAUUAUAAGAAAAUUUUGCUAAUGCCAAGUUAAGACACCAUUUUGUUAAUAGUGUGAUGUUUAGGAAAUGUUGCAAUAAUUUUAAAUACAUUUUUAAAAUAUUAUAUUGCAUUCGGAUUAAAGAGUAUAUAUCAUUCAAUAGGUAUUACCAGUGACAGCAACUGCUCGUCUGUCCAUGUAACUCUUUGUAUAUGGAAUUAUAAUCCUUGAAAGAGCCAAGAAUUGUUUUCUAUAUCGUUGUUCAAAUGUUUUUAUUACACUCAAACAAUUAUUAAGAAGUAAUCAGGGAAGAUGCUUUGAAUAUCAGUCUGAAGAGCGACAAGUCAAAUAAUUAUUGUUACAUUUUUUAUCUUCAUUCCUUAGCUACUGGUAAAUAUUUUAAAAAAAUGGUGUCGAAAUACAUAAAUGCAAUGAACUAAAUGCUUUUCAAUAUUUAUAUAUGAUUUACAAACUUUGUUUCUUACUAAAUUUGUAUGUAAAACGUUCAUUCAUUCAUUCAUAUUUACUUGGAGAAUUGCAAAAGAAAAUCAAUACUAAUGUAUCUGUAGUUAUAAGUCGUAGUAAUAAUUAUUAUAUAAAUAUGUAUACAUAAUUAUUUAUUUGUAUUUUAAAUUGUUAAUUUUAUUAUAAGAACACAAAGUAACACACAUAAUUAUUACAAAAUGUCAAAGCUUACACAGGGUUUUAAAGGGUGGUGAUAGUUUCCUUUUUGUACAAUACUGCUAACUUUAUUACGUAGUUCGAUUUGAAAUAUAGCAUUUUCGGUCAACCGUGUAUAAUGCAUACAAUUUCGAAAACUUUGUUUUUACAUUUUAAAACAUUUUAACAUGAUGAAAACUUUAACUAAUUUUUUUAAGAUUAUAAGAUUCAUCAAAUUUUAUAUUAAUUCUUAUAAAACUUUAAAUAUUAGAUUCGCAACAUCUGUUUUCUAAUAUUUAUAAAAUUCUUUAACCCUUUUUAACCCUAAUUGCAUUAGUGUACGUAUUUAAAUCAAAAAAAAUAUAUUAAUCCAAGUUGUGCAUUAUUACAAAAUUAACUUUAAAUUACUCUCACAUAAUGUUGAAUAUAAAAGCGUAAACGUUGACGGCUAAAACAAGAAAUUGGAACUUUAAAUUCAUUAAUUGUGAAUUUCAACAAGUCAUUUGUAGCCUAAAUAAAAUAUACAUACAUAUAUAUGUAUAAUAAUUGUCAAAAAUGUUCUAUUUAAUUUUAAAGCAUUUUUGGAAUUGUUUAUGAUUAAAUCUAUUAGUAAUGUAGUUAUUCCAUGUAUUGAUAUCUUUUAAAAUAGGUUAAUCAAAUAAGAAUUUCAACAGAACAUCUAUUUUCUUUUUUCAGAGACCAAUGUUUUAGUUUAAUUUAAAUUUAGUUAGUAAUUUAAUUAAUAUGGAUCACAAUUAGUUAUUACAACAAAAGUUAUUGUACAUUAAUCUUAUUAUAAUAAUAAAAACACAGGAACACAUUUAACGAAAAGCUGUGUUCUUUAAUCUUAAAUAAAUUUUAGCUUUAAUUUAUUUGUUAUGUUUACUUUGUUAAAUAUUUUAGUUUUAUUUAUUUUUUAAUUACUUUAAUUUAGUCCAUCUUUUUAUAAUUUACAUACUUGCAUGUAGCUGAAUUUUGGUAUGAUUCCCGCAACAAAUUUAAGUGUGUAUUUAAAUCUAACUGAUCGUUUUCAAAUUAAAUACAUCUGUUAAAUAAGGUUGAGUUAUAAAGUCAAAUUAAAUUCCAUGUAAUUUGUCUAAGUAAAACUUGUUUUAUAAAUCAACUUCAUUUAAUUGAACAAAACAAAACAUUUUUCUUUAAUUAGAACUUAUUAAUUUUAAUUUAUUAUUCUCAUUUUAAGUAUUCUUUAUUAUUAUAGCAAAACAAUCUCUUAAUCUUAAUAGUUUUAUCCUUAUAAUUUAGUAUACAUAUUUAUAAACAAUUUAACAAAAUAACCGCAGCCACAAAGCAAAAUUCUUUUCCCAAAAAAAAAAAAAAAAAUUAAAAUAAACAACAAAAAAAACAGCAUCACUUUUUAAAAGUUAUAUAAAAAUAAUAAUCCCCCGCCCUGCAUAAUAUGUAUGUUUGUAUGCCUGAGUGGUGUUUAAUUAUGGUAAAGAAAUCAAAUGAAAAGUAAAACCCAGGAGUUAUGUUUAAGUAUAGCAACAAUAAUAAUAUAAUAAUUUAUGAGCAAUUUUUUUGCUAACAACAAAUAUUAUAAAAAAACAAUUAAAGUAACAAAUGAAAAAUACAGUAUAAUUGUUUUCAAACACAAAUUAAAAA